AAGAUUUGGUGGGCUAAAAAUUUCCAGGAAGAGAAAGAGUUAUGACAGAGUGACGACAGGCUACUUCCUCUCUAUAAAUAAUAAUUAAAUAUCACCUCUCUCUCUCUCUCUCCGAAUACCCUCGUUGAUUUCUUCUCUCUUCUGAAUUUCCUCUUCGAUCCCCCCUCUAUCUCUCUCUUAAUCAUCAGCCAUGGCGUCUCUAGACACCGACAUCAACAUGGUCCCCGCUGGCGAGGGGUCGAGCGCCGCCGCCACCGCCACCGCCACCAAGCCAAAGAGGUUCGAGAUCAAGAAGUGGAACGCUGUCGCCCUCUGGGCUUGGGGUAAGCCUCCGAUUCCUCUCUACAAACUUGGUUUUUUGUUUUUUGCAGAUAUCGUGGUGGACAACUGCGCUAUUUGCAGGAACCACAUCAUGGAUCUCUGCAUCGAGUGUCAGGCGAAUCAGGCGAGUGCCACGAGUGAGGAGUGCACCGUGGCCUGGGGAGUUUGCAAUCACGCCUUCCACUUUCACUGCAUCAGUAGGUGGCUCAAGACCAGACAAGUGUGCCCUUUAGACAACAGCGAGUGGGAGUUCCAGAAAUAUGGCCACUAGAUUUUGGAGUUCAAAGCAUUUACAAUUUCAUGCAUCUUUCUAGAACUGUAUUUGGCCUAAGGAGGGUGGCCUAAGGAGGAUUAGAAGUUGUAAUUAAAUCACUAUUACGUGUAUGUUCUAUUUUGAAUCAAGCUAUGAUGGAACACGAAUAUGGUAAUGUCUGAGAAUGAAAGAUAUCAUUUAAAUUUUCUGUUGCUUUGA